UCCUUCCUCCUGUUUCUCUCUCUAAUCAAUCACAGCUCUCCUCUUGAUCCACUUCUUCUCUCUCCCCCUCUCAAAAUUCACUCUUUUCUAAGCCUCUUCCCAGAAACGCCAGUAAAAGAGGGGACAAUAAGCUACCAUGAAUGGCACUGCCUCCCCAAAACUUGAGUCAGAAGCUUCUCCGCAGCUCAACGCAAAAGAAGCCCAGCCGCUCAAAAAACGGAAAACAGCGGUGAAAGUGAGAAUUGCAGAGAAUGUUGGCAAACUUAAGAACGAAUGGCUGGCUUCUGAUUCCUGGUCUUGGAGAAAAUAUGGACAAAAGCCUAUUAAAGGAUCUCCUCACCCAAGAGGCUAUUACAGGUGCAGCACAUCCAAGGGCUGCUCGGCCAGAAAGCAAGUAGAGAGAUGCAGAACAGAUGCUUCAGUGCUCAUCGUUACUUAUACCUCUACUCAUAACCACCCACCUCCUUAUCGUCCCUCCAACCCUAAUCUAACCCUCCCAGAAAAGUCCCAAGACCAGUCCGUUGAAGAUCUUCCGGCGACCUCCAAAGUGGAAGACCAGGAAGAAAAGGAAAGGCGAAAGAGUCAUGAGCCCACGACGGUCCCUGAUCAGUGUGUAAACGAAGAAAAUUUUCAUUACUUGCAAUCGUCAGUUCAGUGCUCUCAAGACAUUAUCACUGACCAAGACCAUCCUUUCGAAAUGAACCCAGAGAAAACUCACGGUAGAAUAGAUCUCCUCUUAGAGGAAGAGCUCCCGAGUGAUUCUCAGUUCAAGAGCCCAUCAGCACCCAAAUCCGAAGAACAUGACUUUUUCGAUGAACUUGAAGAGCUGCCCAUAUCUGCACCUUUCUUAAACUUAAUCAGGCGCAAUUUCUCCGAGGAAAGGACUGCGGUUGCCCUUUCAUGACUCUAAGUUUUUUUUUUUUUUUUGUUGAGGAGUUGCUGCCCGAAGAAUGUAACUGAAAUGUUCCUAUGUACUACUACACCUGUUUCAGUUAGUGCUCGAUUCGGAAUCUUCUUUUUUA